UGCCCUCUCACCCAAGCUGGAAACGGAAAUAGCAAUGGCGGCGGUGCGGGCGUCCGGCAUCAUGAAGCGGUUCUCGAUGUUUAGGCAGUUUUGUUAUUCAGGCUAUGCCUGUCGCCAUUUCGCAGUUUCUUCAAUUAUGAUGGAGCGGACUCAUGUCAACUGUGAAAUUAAAGGUGAUGUUGCAGUUGUGCGAUUUAAUACUCCAGAUUCUAAGGUUAACACCCUAUCUAAAAAGCUACAAUCAGAGUUUACUGAGGUGAUGAAUGAAGUUUGGGCAAAUGAUGGUGUUCGAAGUGCUGUUCUUAUUUCAUCAAAACCAAGCUGUUUCAUUGCUGGUGCUGACAUCAAUAUGAUAGAGGAAUGUAAAUCUGUGGAAGAAGUGACACGUUUAUCUCAGGAGGGGCAGAAAAUGUUUCUGAAGAUUGAAGAAUCGACCAAACCUGUUGUAGCUGCUAUCAAUGGUUCCUGCCUUGGAGGUGGUCUUGAGGUUGCCAUCGCCUGCCAUUACAGGAUAGCAACAAAGGACAGCAAGACAGUAUUGGGCACUCCGGAAGUUAUGCUUGGCUUACUGCCAGGAGCUGGUGGUACUCAGAGGCUACCAAAGAUGGUUGGUCUUCCGAAUGCCUUUGAUAUGAUGUUGACUGGGAAAAAUAUCCGGGCAGAUAAAGCUAAGAAGAUGGGUUUGGUUGACCAACUAGUUUCACCCCUUGGCCCUGGCCUGAAAAAUCCAGAGGAGAGAACAAUGGAAUACCUGGAAGAAGUAGCAAUUGUUUGUGCUAGAGGACUAGUAAAUAAGCAGAUCUCCAUUCAAAAGAAGAAAACACUUGUUGACACUGUGCAGUCGUGGGCAUUUAAGUUUCCUGUAAUCAGGGAGCAAGUUUAUAAAAUGGUAAGAAAAAAGGUGAUGGCGCAGACCAAAGGACUUUAUCCUGCCCCACUGAAGAUCAUUGAGGUUGUGAAAACUGGAUUAGAGCAGGGAUCGGAUGCCGGUUAUCUAGUUGAAUCGCAGAAAUUUGGAGAACUGGCGAUGACAAAUGAAUCAAAAGCACUAACUGGACUUUAUCACGGUCAAGUAGCCUGCAAGAAGAACAAAUUUGGAAAACCACAGAAAGAAACUGAGACAGUUGCCAUUUUGGGUGCUGGUCUAAUGGGUGCUGGUAUAGCACAGGUCACAAUAGACAAAGGUAUUUUAACUGUCUUAAAAGAUACCACAAUGGAAGGCCUUGAUCGAGGUCAACAACAAAUCUAUAAAGGAUUGAAUGAUAAAGUAAAGAGAAAGAAUUUAACAUCAUUUCAGCGGGAUAGACUGUUGUCAAAUUUGAUUGGUCAGUUAGACUACAAAGGAUUUGAGAAAGCCGACAUAGUCAUUGAAGCAGUUUUUGAAGAUAUGAAAAUCAAGCAUACUGUACUGAAGGAAGUUGAAGCUGUUGUAGCUCCUCAUUGUAUAUUUGCUAGUAACACAUCAGCUCUUCCAAUUUCUGAAAUUGCUGCUGUCAGUAAGAGACCAGAGAAGGUAAUUGGAAUGCACUAUUUCUCACCUGUAGACAGGAUGCAGUUACUGGAAAUUAUCACCACAGAUAAAACCUCCAAAGAUACAACUGCAGCUGCUGUUGCACUUGGUCUUAAGCAGGGAAAAGUCAUAAUUGUAGUAAAGGAUGGCCCUGGCUUUUAUACCACAAGAUGCCUUGCACCUACAUUGGCAGAAGCACUCAGAGUCUUGCAGGAACAUGCUGACCCAAAGAAACUGGAUGCAGUUACAACUGGCUAUGGAUUUCCUGUGGGCACUGCCACAUUGAUUGAUGAAGUUGGUAUUGACGUCGCAGCACAUGUUGCAGAGGAUUUAGGAAAAGCUUUUGGCUCUCGAAUGGCAGGUGGAAGCGCUGAACUUUUAAAGGAGAUGGUGGCAAAGGGAUUUUUAGGCCGUAAGACGGGAAAAGGUUGCUACCUUUAUCAGGCAGGUGUGAAAGGCAAAACUUUGAAUCCAGGCGCAAAGGAAAUUUUAGAACGUUUUAAGCUGCCUGCUAACCUUGAGGUUUCAUCAGAUGAAGAUAUUCAGUUGCGACUGGUGUCAAGAUUUGUGAAUGAGGCAGUACUCUGCCUACAAGAUGGAAUAUUAAAUGACCCCAUUGAGGGAGACAUUGGUGCUGUUUUUGGACUUGGGUUCCCACCUUGCCUUGGAGGACCAUUCAAAUUUUUGGAUGCCUAUGGAGCAAACAAACUGGUUGACAAAAUGAAAAAAUAUGAAAGCGUUUACGGCAAUGAAUUCUCACCUUGCCAGAUGUUACUGGAUUAUGCAAAGGACACAAGCAAAAAAUUCCGUCACUAAGAUGAAGAUGAAGCAGAAGCAUGUACCUAUCCACAGGACAGAUCUAAUAAAAAUGUAUAUAAUUGCUGAAUGUGAUUGUUUUCAAAAGUUUGCAAUCACGGUUCUUAUGUAUACAUGAGCAUCUUAUCUAAACAUUUGAUUUCUUUAACAUGACAUGAGAUAGUCUGAAUGUAGCCAUUUUAAUAUGAGAUAUUUUAUAUUUGAUUAUUGCCUUUAAUCACAACUUAUUUACCAUCACUCCUGCAUAACAUACAAUUUUAAUACUGUUCAAUGUUCUUAAUAUUUUUGAAGAUUUGUUUCCUGCAAUUUGUGAAGUCCGGUAAGUUCGUAUCUAAUUUGUGUACUCCUUGUGAGUAGCAGUAAGGCCAUUCCAAUGCAAUAUUUCAGAUAUUUUAAAAAAAUUGUCAUACUCUGUCCCUUAUUUAACAAUGCUAAACUGGCAUUGCGUCUACCAUGUCUUAAAGAGACGUGGGUUGGCAGUCGAGCACUAAAAUCUUCUUUUAAGUGGAUGAAGAUCUCCUUAAGUUUGUUUACCAGUGAAUAAACAUUGACAUUUAGCAAGUACUAUUAAAUUUAACAUUUGAA